UCAAACGUAACUAUAAAGGACACUAAGGUAACAGAAAAUAUGUUGUUCUUUCAUAUCAGUGAAUCUUAUCAGAGUUAUACCUUCGUAGUAUAUCCUGGUCAGUAUAUCUGACAGUGGGCUGGUGAAACAAACCUUCCUUUUCUAAUUUUCACUGAAAAUAAACUAAAGAUGUCCUAUCCACUGGCACAUUUCAAAGUACCCCUCCCUAUCUCCCUUCUGGGUUCUCCUACACGUUCCUUCUCCCUCCCCUUGGUGCUCAGGCUCCCCUCCUCCCAGCUGCUGAGUGGUCGUGCUGCUGGAGGCCGGCGUUCACAUUCUGCUCACUGAAGUGCAGAAGAGACUCUUCUCACAAUAUCACACACUCUCAUAAAGGCAAAGACACAGAGGCUUUUACACACUCGCAUCCAGAUAGGCAUUUUGGCAACAUUGUCCAAAAAAAGGCUUUCACGGUGCAAUGGAUAUUGGUGGGCUAUUUAACCCUUAAUGUUAUUGAACACUUAAAUCAAGGAAAUGGAACAUCAGCACCGACAAAUUCAAAAUAUGAUCUAAAUACAAGAUAUGAUCUAAACAUCUAAAUACAUCAGAAAGGAGGGUUUCCUUACUCCCCUCAGUGAAGACUGUUGGAACAACUGUAUUGGACCUCCAUGAUGAGCUUGAAAAGAAGAAAAUCGAGCAUGGCGUUUAGCUGGCAUAAGUCAUUUACCAUCCUCACACCUUGGAGGAAAGGCAAAGGGGACAUGGCUUUAGAAAGUGAGGUUGUGCUGACGAAGAUGAAGCUCUUCAAAAACUUCCAUGAGAAACUGUUAAAUACGGAGGACUCUGUGUCAAACAUGUCCAUGUUUGAGCAGGAUAUCCCUACACCACUCCAGGCUGAAGAAGCAAUCUCUGUCAACAGUGCAGCACCUGAACUAAACAUGGUGGAGUCAAAGAAAGACUAUUUAUCUGCAAUUUUUUCCAGUUCCCAGUUGCCAGGUUUGUACAAAUUUGAAUCGGAAGACUCUGGGGUAGAGAUGCCUAGUGGUGCGAACUCACCAUCUACUCCAACGGGCUCAGAGCAGAGCUUUGUUGUUCACAGUAGAGAGUCUUCAUGUGACUCUAGCAAUCCGAACUCUCACAUACAAGCCAGCAGUCGUCUCCUCUCACUGGAACAGAGUACAGAAUCCUUACAGACUGAACCAGCAUCAUGUACAUAUGCCCAAGAAACCAAUCUCACAGUACUGCAAGACAGACCAGAGGAUGAGAUGGAUAAUGUUCAACUGGAGGUUGUAAGAGAUUCAGAAAGCUUAGAGAAUGGAACCUUGGUGAAAGCCUCAGAAAGCUAUGAGGAUGGCUCUUUAUGUGCAGAGACAAUCGAUACAAUAAUGGAGGGCGAUGCUGCUGAGGACACAGGAUCAAUUAUCCAUGCCAGUGACACAUAUGAUGGGAACAUGGAAGUGGAUUUGCAACAGCAGCCAUUAAGGAAAAGUACAACGAGUGACAGUCUGGAUGAAUACAUGGAGGAGUGCUGCAGGCUUAGUGAGGUGAAUCAGGCUCAGUCCAACCCACUAGGUUCAGGACUGGGCUACCUGGAACACAUCUGCCAGCUCAUUGAGAAAAUCGGACAGCUUCAGGAGCACAACCUCAAAUUGCAGAAACAGAUCUGUAUACUGCAGAAGGACGGCAAGAUGAAGAAAACUAAAGUGGAUUUCUUCCUACAGCAUUGUCACUGUGGCGCGUCCAGCUUGGCUUUUCCGGAGCUGAAGAGACAUUCACGCAGUGACUACACCAGCCUAACAGCAUCCAGUGGCACACUGUCUGACCUCACCACCAUUCCUGAGGGCACACAUAUCCCCCUCAGGCCAGCCUUCAGCGAUUGUGAAGGAGGCUGCCAGCAGAUCUUGCCUGUGUGGAGAAAAGGGUUUACCAGGAGGAGCUAUACAGAGGGGGAGGCCAGAUACCUGAGUGACAGCUCAGAGGUUCUCUCUGCUCCCCAUAGACGGCCAGAGAACUAUGCAUGGGGCAGGGUGAAGGAGUUGGUGAAGAAGAGCAAGCUGAGGAACCAAAGCAAACUAGGUCUGUCGUCCAGCUCCUUCAAGAGGUCAUGUCCACAGUUAUACCGGCCUGAAUUGGGGCAAAUUGAACUAUACAGAAGAGACAGGAACUCUAUGAUUGUCCUCGGGCAUCAAAAAUUGGACUAUCAUUGGCCCCACUAGCAUUGAUCAGCUGGACACUGAACAGAUGCCGUAUGAUGAGAAAACAUUUCCCUGAAGAGGAGGACACGCUGAAGUUGUACAGAACCACAGAACCUAGGCAAAGGAAGACAAGGAAAGGGAGGACAAGAUGAUGUUGAUGAGAAAGUGAUAUGUGAUUGAUGAUGGAAGGGUACAGAUAGAAAAUUGAGGUGACCCUCGUAGCUCAUACCCACAACAUUUAACAGAAAAUUCUUUAUGUUGAUAUGAGUGCACAGUGGACCUACAAAUACGACGGGUUCCUUUUCACUUUGUAUAUUAGAUGCUAUAUAUCAAUGUUUAAAAAAAAAGUGUUGGCCAUUUGUAUAGUGUAUAGAAUGCCAUGCACAAGAGGUGUUACCAGAAAGUAGCAUAACAAAUAAGACAUUUUUCUCAGAACAGCGUAAUGGUCAAUAUAUUCACAUAAAUAAUAAUAAUAAAAAAAAACAGGAAUAUUUGAAUGUUUACUUCAACAAUAUACUAUGUUAAAAAAAAAAAACUUUACUAUUGGCUGCUUUUACUUGGGCCAUUUCAAUCAGUCUAAGUCUGUUCUGAACAUUUCUGUAAUAUAUCUAAAAGAUUCCCCAAGAGUAACAAGAAGCAAAACAUAUGAGAUACUGUUAAGCAGUCUAUAUUUAGAAGAAAAUUGCCUUAAAAAUUGCCUGUGGUCCACCUGACUGCCAGGUGUUACACACUGUUCAUGAUAAUAUAGCUACAGAUAAUACAUAUAAGUAUUACAUCAUAACCAGUCUGGCAGUAACUGUGUCCAAAAACGUAACUGCUAUGUUAUGUAAAUAUAUUACAUUUACAGGACAGCAUGCAGUGAGCAAGACAAACUGGCUAAAGUGUUUCUAUUCCCAGUGCAAAGCCAAGUCAGUACACAACAGUAGCAUCAUAGCCUACAAUGUCAAACACAGAGUUAACAAAGGAAGAAAUGUAAGUAUUAUUUGAAUAUGUCUUGCAGUGUGUAUUUUGGUUGGGUGAAAAAGCAUUAAACACUAGAUGGUUUACUGUAUAUUGUAUACUUACAAUAUCGUAUUUACAAGUUUACAUACUGAAUUUGUCAGAUGGCUUCUAUGGAAAAAAAAAGUAUGACUCUUGAUGUAUUGAAAAGAAUUUUGUUGAGAGCUCUCCUUAUACUGUAUAUUGUACUAUACCAAAAUGGAUGGAAUAUUUCAGUAUGCAUAUUGCAUUCCUAUUACAAAUUAUUUUUAAUAAAUAAAAUUGUGAUAUUUCUAAACAA